CAGAGGGGAAGAGAGAGAGGGAGAGGGACAUUUUCAGGACUGAGGAAAUAGAAGUGUUACUACUGGGUUGUGCUGCCUGGCGCUAGAAGACCGACAUGGAGAAUAUGCAUCGCCCCACAGCACACAAGGACACCGGACACCACGUAAAAUGUGAUUUUCAAAGGCCUCACUAUCAGCGGUGAUUUUUCCACUUCUCCCAUUCCUUUUUUAAUUUUUAUUUUGCGCUGCCUCCUCUCUCCUUAUUUCUGUGUGUGGAUCCCCCCUCCCUCACUCCACCACUUCUGUCACUCUCUCCAUUUCCAAAGGAGGGAUCUGUGAAUCAAGUGCAACUGAAGAAGAACAUGAGUCUUGGGGAAUGAUGCCGCUGCCGUUUGUGCCACCCUCCCUGUCGCCAUGACGAUGCCGCUCAGCCCCCUCUCCAGUGACGAGGAGCAGCAAAGGAUGCUGGGAAACAAUAGACAUCUAUAUCCUGGGGCAGAGGACGAGGAAGAGGAGGAGGAAGAUGAAGAAGAGGAGGGUGAGGAAGAUGACCGUGAUGCAGAGGGAGAAGAUGGGGAGAAUGGAGAGCUGGAGGGAGAAGAGGAAGAAGAGGAAGUGGAGGAAGUCAGGCGAGGAGGGGGCAUGUCGCGAGGAGGCAGGGAUGAGGGGCACAGGCAAUUAGGCAAAAUGACUGGACGACCCACAGGAGACAGACAGAUACGACCCGGCAACAUUGGGCACACAGUAAACCCUUAUUCGUCCAACCAUGGACCCACCCAUCAACAGCCAGCCAAUCAGCAGCAGCAGCAGAAGAGGCUGAGAGAGCAUAGCUCCAGCAGGGCGCCGUCAGAGGACGCCCACAUCGCCAUGAUGGUGUUCCGCAUCGGCAUCCCCGACAUCAAACAGACGAAGUGUUUGCGGUUCAACCCGGAUGCGACCGUUUGGAAGGCCAAGCAGCAGGUGCUAUGUUCUCUGACCGAUUCGUUGCGGGAUGUGUUGAACUACGGCUUGUUCCAACCAGCCACCGAAGGCCAUGACGCCAAGUUCCUGGAGGAGGAGAAGAUGCUGAGAGAGUACCCACAAUCCUUUGAGAAGGGGGUACCAUAUCUGGAGUUUCGUUACAAGACCAGAGUGUACAAACAGACCAAUCUAGAUGAGAAACAGCUGGCUAAACUGCACACUAAGGCCAGUCUGAAGAAGUUCAUGGACUAUAUCCAAAGUGGCUCUGUGGACAAGAUGGCCAAGUUUUUGGACAAAGGGCUUGACCCCAACUACCAGGACCCUGACACGGGAGAAACCCCCCUGACGUUGGCCGUGCAAUGUGAGCCGGGGGGAGGGGAGGCCAUACGGGGGCUGGUGCUGGGAGGGGCUCAUCUUGAUUUCAGGUCCAAGGACGGACUCACACCUCUACACAAGGCUGUCCGCAGCCACUGCCACACAGCCUUGCUGACCUUGCUGUCUCUGGGUGCGUCUCCGGACUAUAAGGACCGGCGGGGGCUGACUCCGCUCUACCACACUGUGCUGACAGGGGGCGACACCUCCUGCUGUGAGACCCUGCUCCACCACCGCGCCAAGCUGGCCGUCAGGGACGAGAACGGCUGGGAUGAGACACACCAGGCCUGUCAGAAUGGCAACGCCCAGCAUCUGGAGCACCUUCUUUUUUACGGGGCAGACUCCACUUCCCAGAAUGCCUCAGGAAACACUGCCUUGCACGUUUGUGCUUUAUACAACAAGGACAGCUGUGCACGAAUUCUACUUUACAGGGGAGCCAAUAAAGACACAAAGAAUAACAGUGGGCAGAACCCAUUUCAGGUGGCUGUCAUGUCCGGCCAUUUUGAGCUAGGAGAGAUUAUCAAAAACCACCGGGACACAUAUGUAGUACCUUUUCUUGAGUCUCCCAAAUACGCCCCUCAGAGGCGAGAGAGUGCACCGCGCACCCUGGCGCUGCCCCACCCUCACCCCUUCCUGCGUGCCAACAGUGAUAACAGUAUGAACCUGCCUGACUGGAUGGCACUGCCCAAUACACCAGGCUCCAACAUAGUGUCUGUACAGGGCUAUAAGCAUUCAGGUACCAUGCGUAGCUCCAGUAGUCCCCGUGGGGCGCGGACUCGCUCCCCAUCCCGAGGGAGAGCAGGGGAUAAGGAGGACAGGAGUCGGCAGAGUCGGAGGCAGGGAGGAGGCGGAGGGGGAGCAGGAGAAGGAGGAGGAGAAGGAGGGGGAGCAGGAGAAGGAGCAGGAGGGCAGACACUAACCACAAGGCCACUGAGUUGGUUGUGUACUGUGCUGUAUGUGCUGUAUGCUGAACGCUGCCCCCCUCUGGCCAGGGUGGGGUCUGUCAGCAGCAAUACGGUUACGGCAGCAGGGGGCCAGCGGAGGCGUCUCUACAGCGCCGUCCCAGGACGUGUGUUUGUGGCCACGCGUUCCCACUCCGCCCAGGGAGACAGAGAGAUUAGCAUCAGCAAGGGAGACAAAGUCAAAGUGCUGAGUGUGGGCGAGGGAGGGUUCUGGGAGGGCACGGUUAAGGGACGGACCGGCUGGUUCCCCUCAGACUGUGUAGAGGAAGUGGCAGUCCGUAGCCAGGACAACCGCUCAGAGAGCCGCAGUGAGAAAGCCAAGAGACUGUUCCGCCAUUACACCGUGGGCUCCUACGACAGCUUCGACGCUCCCAGUGACUAUAUCAUCAAGGAGAAGACAGUGCUUCUGCAGAAAAAAGACAGUGAGGGUUUUGGCUUUGUGCUGAGAGGAGCCAAGGCUCAGACCCCCAUCGAGGAGUUCACUCCCACCCCAGCCUUCCCAGCACUGCAGUACCUGGAGUCUGUCGACGAAGGAGGCGUGGCCUGGAGAGCCGGUCUGAGAAUGGGAGACUUCCUCAUUGAGGUGAAUGGUCAGAAUGUGGUGAAGGUGGGACACAGGCAGGUGGUCAACAUGAUCAGGCAAGGUGGAAACGCCCUCAUGGUCAAGGUUGUCAUGGUGACACGCAACCCUGACAUGGAGGAUGGCCAGAGAAAGAAAAUCCCCCAGCAGAGUAAAAGACUAAGCACUCCGGCCAUCGCUCUCCGCUCCAAAUCCAUGACCUCAGAACUGGAGGAGAUGGUGGAGAGAGCUGCUACCCCCUGGAAAAAGAAAUCAGAAUUCGAGUCUUCACAAGUUACAGAGAAGAAGAGGACAGUCUAUCAGAUGGCUUUGAAUAAGCUAGAUGAGAUCCUGGCAGCAGCUCAGCAGACAAUCAGCACCAAUGAGGGGCAAGGGACGCGGGGUCAGGGGGCAAGGAGAGACAGGAGCCGGGGCUCCUUUUACGCCAAUGAGCCAAAUUACGACCAAUCAGAAAUGGGGAUGACCGGGCUGGGCUAUGACCGUGCCCAGUUCACAUCAGGCCACGCCCCUCCACACGGUAUGCUGCGACAGAAAUCCAUCGGGGUGACUGAAGAGGAGAAGUCCCAUCUCAAUCCUCCGGCCAUGAAGUUUGCCCGAAGUCUCUCGGUUCCCGGCCCAGAUGACAUCCCCCCGCCCCCCACCACCGCCCCGCCAGACCCCCCCUUCUCCUCCGCCCCACCACUGGGCUGGAGAGGGGGCAAGUCUUCCCAGCAGCCCUCUGUGGCCGUGUCCCAGUCCACCUCCACAGCAGCCCACUACCAGCUCUACUCUCAGUCUGUGCACUUCACCCACGGGGGCCGUGAAAGGGCAGGGGGGCCCAGUAUCGGCCCUGGAGGAGGAGGGGUGGACCACACGCACCAGUACUCUAAUGCCCCCGCCCACGCCGCUCAGAGCAGGACUGCCUCUAGGAAAGGGGGCUACCCAGGGGAGCCUGUUGGAUCAGGAGGGGGAGGAGGAGUGGGGGGGGGCAAGGCUGCAGGUCUAAGGAGGGGCUACAGUAACGCCGCCCCACCUUCAGGCAGUGCCACAGUGAUGCCCCAGCAGCAGCAGACCACCCAGAGCCAGCCGCAAAGGGCAGACCGUAGUGCGGCUGGGGGGGCUGGAGAGGGGGUACCUAAAGGAGGGGGGGCACGGAGAGGGAAGGGCCCUCUGGUGAAGCAGUCCAAGGUGGAGGACCUGCGGGCUGGCCAGGGCACGCUGGGGGGCAAGGCCCCAGUGGAGAAGAGCUCCAUCCCCAUCCCCACCAUCAUAGUCAAGGCCCCCUCCAUCAGCAGUGGCAGUGGCCGCAGCAGUCAGGGCAGCAGUGUGGAGGCUGAGCCCACACCCCCAGGGGAGACCGACAGAACCCAACCCCCCCACGGACCCCCUUCCACCCCAGCCCCGCCACCCCCUGCUCCUCCCUCCAUCCCGGCCCCUCCACCACCCUCCUUCCGAGGCCAGGAUAGUGACUUCACCAGUCAGUUUGGGGCGGCCAUCGUGGGCGCAGCCCGCCGGGACAGGGAACGCUUCCAUGAGGCCCGCAGGAAGAGCGCCUCCAUCUUCAUGUCUGCCGAGGAGGAGGUGGGGCCAGGGGGAGGAGGAGGAGGAGGAGGGGGGGCAGGCAGGACACAGACCUCUCAGCAGGAGCAGUUCAGCCCCCAGUCCGGUGGCCCCCCCCCACGCCUCCGGCCCUCCAAGUCCAUCGACGAGGGCAUGUUCUCUGGGGACACCUUCAUCCACCACACCCGCAGCAUGCCCCCUGCCUUCGGCCUGCCAGAGUACUCCUCCCCGGCUCCAGACUACCAGCCCAAGUCUGUUCCGGCUGACUUCUACGGGGCAUCAAGCCGGCAGCAGGUCCCCUCUGGCACCACCUUCAUCCACCCCCUGACAGGAAAGGUCCUGGACCCCUCGUCCCCCCUGGGUCUGGCCCUGGCUGCCAGGGAGCGGGCCCUGAAGGACGACGGCAGGAUGAGGAAGGAGAGAGGGACCGAGCACCAGUUUGUACGACAGAUGUCCAGUGUGGUGACAUUCCCCUCCCAGGCCACCUCCCCCACACCGGCUUCCUCAGCCACCCAUUCCUCCAGCUCCUCCUAUCUGGUCACCUCCUCAUCCCUAGCCGCCACCACCUCCACCAGCCGACCCCCCUCCCCCAGGAUCCUCAGGGGUGCAGGCUGGGGCGAGGAGGGGGGAGGAGGGGAGCGGGAGAGGGAGGGUGGCGGGGCCAGAGAGGGGCUGAGGGUGCGCUUCUCUGAGGACAAAACAGUCCACACGCAUCACUACCAGUCCCAGCACUACCAACCCUCCUACAGGGAGGAAAGACAGAGGGAGAGGUCGAGGGAGAGGUCGAGAGAGAGGGAGAGGUCGAGAGAAAGGGAGCGGGACAGAGAGGGGUACAUGAGGCAGCAGACAGCCCCUACCCAGCAGCCCCCUCAGCUGUCGUCCCAGCAGCCUCGCAAGGCCUCGUUUCUGAGGAUGGAGAGUGAGGCAGGCUACAUCCUGUCUCUCACCCCUCCAUCUCCCCCCGCUACAGCCGCCCCGUCUCACCCUCAGGGGGGAGGGGGUUCCGGGGGCAGUGGCCUCAUGGUUCUGCCGCCCCCUGCCCCCUCUGUGGAUGUGGAUGAUGAGUUUGUGUUUGCGGACCCACUGCCCCCUCCGCUGGAGUUUGCCAACAGCUUUGACCGGGGUGGAAUGUCAGGUUACACACACCGUGCCAUUAUCAACAACCUGGCCUCCCGCCAGCAGCAGCCCCCACCACCUCCCCCUCCUCCCCCACCACCCCCUCCAAAAGACAUGUAUAUCAGUGGGUUCCCGGCCCACACCCCCCUACCCUCCCCACAGGCGGGGGACUCUACCACCUCCAGCCUUACCUCCUAUGACAGUGAGGUGGCCAACCUGACCCAGUCAGGAAACUCCCCCACUCAGACAUCACCCAACCCCCUUCCUCCACCCUCACCCUCCGGCCUCCAGCCCACAGGACCCCCUCCUCCUCCCUCUGUCUCCCCCCCACCCCCACCCAGCUCCUUUCACAGACCCUCCCUUGCCAUGACCCACUCUCACCACCUCUACAACAGCACGCACACCGGACGCUCCUCUCCUUCCCAUGGGCGUUCCUCCCCCACCCAGGGUCGCUCCUCCUCCACCCAGGGUCGCUCCUCCCCCACCCAGGUUCGCUCCUCCCCCACCCAGGGUCGUCCCUCCACCAUCCAUAGGAGCUCGUCCCCCACCCCUCCUCCCCACUCCAUUGCAGGUUCCCCAUCCUACCGUGGUCCCCCUCCCAUCUCCUCCACCGCAGCCUCCUCUGGCCCCUUCCGGGGCUCUGCAGCCCUGACCUCCACCGCUCCCUGUACCACCACCACCACCACCACCACCGCUGCCACCACCACGAGGACCUCAGUCCAGCCCCACCAGGACAGGACACACCCAGCCCCCUCUGGUUCUACAGCGGCCGGCCGCAGGAUAGGGGAGCACCACCCUCACCCCACAGCCAAGGCAGGGGAGUCCCAGGAGACGGUGGUGGACUCUGGGAUAGAGGAGCUGGACAGCCGCAGCAGCAGUGACCACCACCUGGACAACAUCCUGGCCAUGAGCGGAGGAGCCAGAGAGAGGCUGGAAGAGAGGCUAGAGAGAGGGAGGGAGGGAGGAGAAGGAGGGGAGGGAGACAGGGCGGGAGGAGCAGACCUCCUGGAGUCGUACAUGAGCUACCUGGACGGACAGACGUUUGACAUGCACAACGCCACAGCCGCCGGCUCCACCUACCCCAAAUCAGGCAGGUUCAGGGAGGGGGGCCGCGCGGCCGAACUACGCAGAGAGACCGGUACCGCCCCGCCCUCCUUCCAGUCACACAGACGGAGGGAGGAAGAGGAAGAGGAGGAGGAGGGCGAGGAAGGAGAGGAGGAGGACGAUGGAGGACGGGAAGGUUAUGGGAUGACACAGAAUUUGGGGCGUCCCACGUCACCCUACUUUGACCGGCCCCGGACCCCUGAGAUGAAGCCUCUGUGGGGGUCAGAGGGUCAGUUAGUAGGGGACCAGGGGACCUACCUGGAGGGCCGGAGGCUGUACCCCCCCAUAUCCAGCAUGAAGGCCAGCAUCAUCAAUGAGCUCAGCAACAAACUGCAGCAGAGAGGGAGCCAGAGAUCACUAAGUAGACACAGAAACAGGUUUUCAGAAGACUCCGCCUCGGCCCUGAGCCCCCCCUCAGGUCGUUCCCUGUCCCCCUCUCCUAUCCACCACUCCCAGCCCGCCCUGUCCCUGUCCCCCACCCCUUCCUCCCAGUACCCCAACUGGAACCGUCCCCCAUCCCCCCAGCGCCCUGUGGCUGCCGUACAGCCCCCUCCACGCUCCCACUCCCCCCUGUCCUCCCCCACCUACUCCCCUUAUCCCACCUCCCCUAAACACCGGCCUGUGUAUCGCACCAAAGCCCUGGAGUUCCAGUUCAUUCCAAGUAGAGAGUCCAGGAAGGCAGAGUCCCACCACCUGCAGCGUAGGAGAGCCCCCAGUCCCCUCAUCUCCCCCUCAGAGAGGCCCAAACUGGGUCCCCCCCGCCCCUCCUCCCUCCCCCUCCUCCCCACCACACCCCUCUACAGCAGCCUCUACGAGCUCCGCGGCUCUAUGACCCCGCCCUCGCCCGCUAACCACAUGGGGGACCCCUACUUCUCCCCCUCCCCUCCUCUCUUCGCCCCCUCUGGCGCCCCUCCUCCCCCAAACGCCUCCCUGUUGGUGUCUCGCUCCCUCUCCCCCACACACUUUUUAUCUGGUAGCUCAUCCCCUCCCCUGCACCCUCUCCCUGCUCCCCCCUGCCUGAGCUACCCCCACCUCCCUCCCCCAUCCCCCUCCAAGCCCUUUGCCUCCAAGCCACUGCCUUAUUGGACCAAAUACGACGUGGCUGAUUGGCUGGGAUACCUGAACCUGGGCGAGCACAGGGAGCAUUUCCUGGACAACGAGAUCGACGGCACUCACCUGCCCUCCCUCACCAAGGAGGACUAUCUGGACCUGGGGGUGACGCGUGUCGGACACCGCAUGAACAUCGACCGUGCUCUGAAGAGAGUAACUGACAGGCUCUCCAGCUCUCCUUUUCCCAUUUCUGCUCUGUCACCACGAGGAAGAAGGGAUGAUGGGAGUCGGAGCUGAGAAGACAAACAGAAAGAGAAAGGAGGGGGGAUGGAGUCAGUGAGGGAACAGGAGAGAGAGAGGCCACAACUGCUGCUAUCCAUGAUGGAUUCACACAACAAAAGCAGAGGACCUGAUUUCACCCAGAGGGAGGACCAAUCAGGAAAAGAGAGGGGAAAUGAGGGAUGGAACAAGGGCUGACCAGUGCCUGGUACUCAGGGCCUGGUAGCUGACUCACACAGAUACACUCGCAUGCACACAAAUACAGUAACACACACAAGCAUUGACUCUAAUGUCAACACACACACACAAACACUACGAGGAUGGAAUGACUGAAUGUGGAUUGAGGCAACAAAUAACAAUAGGAGUAAAAUAGUGAUAAAACUUUGCCCAAAAUAUUGAGAGAAACAAUCAAGUGUUGUUUAGCUUUUUCAUCUGAGCAGUUCUUAGUGUUGUUGGGGAAAGAGAGAAUGAGGAUUGUCCUCAUUAUUAACACUAGUUAGAGCUUUCUCCACCUGUCUUCUCUGGGUAGCUGUAGCUCCUCCUCUCUACCCUAGGGUUAGGUAGCCCCUCCUCUUUACCCUAGGGUUAGGUAGCUCCUCCUCUUCACCCUAGGGUUAGGGAGCCCCUCCUCUCUACCCUAGGGUUAGGGUUAGGGUUUGGUAGCUCCUCCUCUCUACCCUAGGGUUAGGUAGCUCCUCCUCUCUACCCUAGGGUUAGGGUUAGGUAGCUCCUCCUCUCUACCCUAAGGUUAGGGUUAGGUAGCUCCUCCUCUCUACCCUAGGGUUAGGUAGCUCCUCCUCUCUACCCUAGAGUUAGGUAGCUCAUCCCCUCUUCCCAAGGGUUAGGAUUAGGUAGCUCCUCCUCUCUACCCAAGGGUUAGGGUUAGGUAGCUCCUCCUCUCAACCCAACGGUUAGGGUUAGGUAGCUCCUCCUCUCUACACAAGGGUUAGGUUUAGGUAGCUCCUCCUCUCUGCCCAAGGGUUAGGGUUAGGUAGCUCCUCCACUCUACCCAAGGGUUAUGGUUAGGUAGCUCCUACUCUCUACCAAAGGGUUAGUUAGCUCCUCCUCUCUACCCAAGGGUUAGGUAUCUCCUCCUCUCUACCCAAGGGUUAGGGUUAGGUAGUUCCUCCUCUCUACCCUAGGGUUAGGUAGCUCCUUCUCUCUACCCUAGGGUUAGGUAGCUCCUUCUCUCUACCCUAGGGUUAGGUAGCUCCUCCUCUCUACCCUAGGGUUAGGUAGCUGUAGUUCCUCCUCUCUACCCAAGGGUUAGGUAGCUGUAGUUCCUCCUCUCUACCCAAGGGUUAGGUAGCUGUAGUUCCUCCUCUCUACCCUAGGGUUAGGUAGCUCCUCCUCUCUACCCUAGGGUUAGGGUUAGGUAGCUCCUCCUCUCUACCCUAAGGUUAGGGUUAGGUAGCUCCUCCUCUCUACCCUAGGGUUAGGUAGCUCCUCCUCUCUACCCUAGAGUUAGGUAGCUCAUCCCCUCUUCCCAAGGGUUAGGAUUAGGUAGCUCCUCCUCUCUACCCAAGGGUUAGGGUUAGGUAGCUCCUCCUCUCAACCCAACGGUUAGGGUUAGGUAGCUCCUCCUCUCUACACAAGGGUUAGGUUUAGGUAGCUCCUCCUCUCUGCCCAAGGGUUAGGGUUAGGUAGCUCCUCCACUCUACCCAAGGGUUAUGGUUAGGUAGCUCCUACUCUCUACCAAAGGGUUAGUUAGCUCCUCCUCUCUACCCAAGGGUUAGGUAUCUCCUCCUCUCUACCCAAGGGUUAGGGUUAGGUAGUUCCUCCUCUCUACCCUAGGGUUAGGUAGCUCCUUCUCUCUACCCUAGGGUUAGGUAGCUCCUUCUCUCUACCCUAGGGUUAGGUAGCUCCUCCUCUCUACCCUAGGGUUAGGUAGCUGUAGUUCCUCCUCUCUACCCAAGGGUUAGGUAGCUGUAGUUCCUCCUCUCUACCCAAGGGUUAGGUAGCUGUAGUUCCUCCUCUCUACCCUAGGGUUAGGUAGCUCCUCCUCUCUACCCAAGGGUUAGGGUUAGGUAGCUCCUUCUCUCUUCCCAAGGGUUAGGGUUAGGUAGCUCCUCCUCUCUACCCAAGGGUUAGGGUUUGGUAGCUGUAGUUCCUCCUCUCUACCCUAGGGUUAGGUAGCUGUAGCUCCUCCUCUCUACCCUGGGGUUAGUUAGCUGUCUAGCUCCUCUCUACCCUAGGGUUAGUUAGCUGUCUAGCUCCUCCUCUCUACCCUAGGGUUAGUUAGCUGUCUAGCUCCUCCUCUCUACCCUAGGGUUAGUUAGCUGUCUAGCUCAUCCUCUCUACCCUAGGGUUAGUUAGCUGUCUAGCUCCUCCUCUCUACCCUAGGGUUAGUUAGCUGUCUAGCUCCUCCUCUCUACCCUAGGGUUAGUUAGCUGUCUAGCUCCUCCUCUCUACCCUAGGGUUAGUUAGCUGUCUAGCUCCUCCUCUCUACCCUAGGGUAAGGAUUAGGUACAGUAGCUGUCUAGCUUGACUGUUGUUGGCUCCAUAGCUGGCUGUUUGUUCAGAUGUGUUCAGUUUCAGUAGAGACUCCCCUUACAGUUAGUGGAGUGCAGUCAAUGAAACCCUGUGUGAGUGAAUAGAAAUGUUAAGAGCUCUUUGUCUGAGUGAAUGUCAUUGCUGGAGCGAGUUAUUGGGAUGAAUAUUCAUGUCCAUAUUCUGUAGUUCAGAAUAUGGGCAUGAAUGAGACAAGGUGGCAGCCUACAUGCAUGUCUUGGGUAAUGUCGUAGGUGGAGUACCUCUAGUAGGGGUCAGUGUGUCAUCAGCGGAGCCCCUACCUGUUGGACUGAAUGAUAUGACUUGUCCCCUGUUGGAAAGAGCUUGAUGGGUAAAUCCUCACUUGACUGUAGUGGCUGUGACUGGAGGAAACCUGUCAGUAUGACUGUGUGUGAUUGGUUGUCUGUUUUUACCUCACUAAUGGGACGGCUCCAUGCUCACUGAAGGCCCUUCGAUAAGGACCUGUAAACACAUUCUAUUUCUCUAUAGCUUCUUUAUCAUCUUAAGUCUUAUAACGGCAUAUUAUAUACAGACUGGUCACUGUAUUACAAAUCUGUAGCAAAAAUAAGUGCCCAGACCAACAGCAUAGAAAUAAACACACAGACAUGUACACCCUCUCACUCAAUACACUAUACCGGCACAUACAAAAAUGCACACUUACAAAUGCUCAUGUACGUAAUGUACACACAUAUUCACAUUCUCUCUGCCACACACACACACACACACACACACACACACACACACACACACACACACACACACACACACACACACACACACACACACACACACACACACACACACACACACACUGUGUUUGUGUUAGAAUUAAUGGGACACCUUAAAUAUAUUUGUUUGGAUCCAAGAUGUAACUGAUACUAAAAGGGACUGUGAUUUCAGAGAUGGAGGGAAUACGUGACAUAAUCAGUAUCUCAUUGAAGAUUGACUCCAUUUAUACGAAAGACUUUCGAAGCAUUGAAGCAACUGCUUUUCAACCGUUCUCAAGUUCUCUGUGCAAGGGAGAGAGACUGAACAGGAGAGGGGAGGGAAAGAGAAACAAACUGCCAAAUCUUCCUCUUUCCCACCCAAUCCCCCCACUCCUUCCAAAAACUCUUUCUACAGAAGCAUGAGAACAUAAACUGAGGCCCAAAUGAGUGGGAGGAGAGAUAUGUUCUGUUUUAAUACUACAAUUGUUCUUACAACAAUUUUUUAACUUAAGAUGGAUCUGGAAUACUGCUAUUGAUAUGAAGAGAAUUAUUGUUACUAUUAUCAUUACUAUCAUCGUCCUUACUGUUAUAAGGUGCAGUUCUCUGUUCUGCCUUUCAUGGCUGAGGUGGCGCUCUUUUGCAUUUUAGGCAAUGUAUUUUCAUAAUUUUGCCAGUAGUGUUAGUCAAUAUAAUCCUAUAAAAUUGUUAUCAUGAGAUUCAUGACUGUAGGUCAGACUAUGACAUCAUGGUGUCUAACAAUUUAAAAUGUAUAUAAAUAUAAAACUAUAUUGUUACCUCCAAAAAUACAGAAAAAAUAUCUAUUUAGUUUGAUGUACAAAAUGCUUUACAUAUCAAGGCUUUUGUCUAGUCAUAAAACCACCACCUUUACUUUGCCCUCUUGUUUUGGUAUGAUAUUUUGAAAUGGUUUGACUGAUGUAUGCUUCAGAUUGACAUUGAGGCCUAGAUUCAAUCCGGAGGGUGGAAGACCUGCGUUAUAGCACGAUUGGCAUUUAAAGACAAUGUUCCCGCAUUCGCAGUAAACACUGCAUUUGUCGGCUCAAUUGGAAAUGACCUCUCAAUGUCAAUUGCGCUAUAACGAGGAUAUUCCGCGUUCUGGGUUGAAUCUAGCCCUAAAUAUAUUUUUAUGCAAGAAUUACUCUGCCAUCCAAGCUUCCUCUCACUUUGAGGCAGCGUCUGUGUAUAAAGCUGUGACUAUACGUAUCACUUUAAACCUCACUGUGUGGAAGCCAAAGUUAGAUUCACUACAUUGUCAUUAUUCACAUUAUUUUAUGCAGAUCAAGAUGUAGCUAUUGUGCCCUGGAAAUGGCCACCAGACAAAUGGUAUUGUGAAAAAGAUGCAUAUAAUUAUUCACACCAAAUUUGUUUCUAUUUUGUACAUUUCAAGUCAUUAUGGAUCAUUAAAGUAGUAUUUUAUUUGAUAUUUCAUUGUUUAUCUACUCAUUUAAACAUUAAUUUAUGUCAGGGCUAUUCAACCGGGGGGUCUGCAAAACCCCCAAAGCAAAACGUGAUUUUUAUAUCGCUAUCAAUAGCAGAAUAAACAUUUUGAAUUACAUACCUACA